AUGAACGUUCGUUUAAUUCUCCUGGGCCUUUUCGUUGUACAUCAUGGAGGAGCUGAUCUUUUCACAUCCAUGGCUGACCUUCAACGACUACUUCAGAUGGAAAAGGACAUACCGAGAGUAAUCGAAAACUACAUUCAAUCUGAAAACGAUCGUUUAGAGAACUUGAAGAAGUAAAAUCCCACUGCAAUUUCUAACUUUUUAUUCUUAGGAUGGUCCAGAAAUAUCGGUCCAAGAAUUCGAAUGUUGAGAAAAACAUGGAAUACGCAUCAAAUCCAGUUAAUGCCUUCAGGAUGAUUAAAAGAUUAUCAGACACAUGGAAGACACUUCAAGAAAAGAUGAGAUCUGACAGAACGGAGGAGUUUAUACAGAACAUUUCUUAUGCUGGAAGAGCCCAUCUUCCAGAGCAAGAAGACCUGAGUGGCGCAGUUGUGGGAUUACUAAGACUACAAGACACUUACAGACUUGAUACAAAAGACUUGGCUAAUGGAAAAGUCGGGAAAGUACAAACAAGCAGAGGAAUGACAGGUAGAGUGUAUACGGCUUCCAAUUAAAGUAAUGUUUCAGCUCAGGAGGUAUUCGAUGUGGGGCGAAUCUCGUACAAUGCGGAGGAUUACUACCACACCUUAAUGUGGAUGGAAGAAGCUCUAGAGCGUGCUAAGAAGGAAGACCCCCCAACCAUCGGCGAACACGAUAUCCUCGAAUAUUUGGCCUUUGCAUACUUUAAGCAAGGGAAUGUAAAGCAUGCGCUCAUUGCUACCGAUCGUCUUUACAAGUUAUGGCCCGAACAUCCUCGUGCCAAGGGUAACAUAAAAUGGUACGAAGAUCAAUUGGCGGCUGAUGGAGUGAAGAGAAGCGACUUCAGGAAGAAUCCAGGCCGAGUCUCCAACCCCAGACCUAACGACGGGCUCGAGCUUGCUGAGAGGAAUAUAUACGAAGCACUAUGCCGGAAUGAAGUUCCAGUGGUGAGUCGUUGAACACAAUAUUGAAUAAAAUUAGAGUGUAAAAGCAACCUCGCAACUGUACUGUUACUACAAACGAGACCGUCCCUUCUUAAUCAUUGCGCCUUUCAAAGUGGAAAUACUUCGCUAUAACCCUCUGGCAGUCUUAUUCCGUGAUGUAAUGAGUGACGACGAGGUUAGUGUAAUCCAGUCCUUGGCGUCUCCCAAACUUGCUAGAGCAACCGUUCAGAACAGUGAGACCGGUCAGUUGGAGACAGCUUCUUAUCGUAUCAGUAAAAGGUGAGUAUUCUUCUAUCGUGGACACUUUUCAAAUCUCCUUUCAGCGCUUGGCUCAAGGCCACCGAACAUGAAGUUGUUGACCGAGUGAAUAAAAGAAUUGAUUUGAUGACAAAUCUGGAACAAGAAACUGCGGAAGAAUUGCAGAUUGCUAAUUAUGGAAUUGGUGGGCAUUAUGAUCCUCAUUUCGAUUUUGCCAGAGUAAGUAUACUGUACUUUUUCAUAAUUGUUUAUUUAGAAAGAAGAAACCAAGGCCUUCAGUGACCUCGGUACUGGAAAUCGUAUUGCAACCGUCCUCUUCUAUGUAAGUUUUGAUGUUUAAAACCACAUCCCGACUUUUCGGGUCGACGACAGUCCGAGUCAAAGUCGAUCGAUACGGGGGGCGUAGGGCACGUGGAUACCUCUGUGAUAAGCUAUCCUAGGACCCGAUGACUCUUAUUAUUUCUACUAACUGAGCCCUAUCCUAGUCCCCUGAAAACUAAUAUUGUAAUACAGAUGACUCAACCACAAACUGGAGGCGGAACUGUAUUCACUGAAUUGAAGACGUCUGUAAUGCCUUCCAAGAACGAUGCUCUCUUCUGGUACAACCUCUACAGAAGCGGUGAGGGAGAUCUCCGCACUCGGCAUGCUGCUUGUCCCGUACUUUUGGGAGUCAAAUGGGUAUCCAAUAAAUGGAUCCACGAGUUAGGUCAAGAGUUUAGACGGCCAUGUGGACUGAGGCCAUCCGACCAAGAACGUUUCGUUGGUGAUCUGGGAGGACCGGAGCCUCGAUUCUACGCCAACUUGAGAUCUUAG